GCAGCAUCCGUUCCGCGUCAGUCGACUGUCGUGUUUCGUGGGUGUUGGUAGUGUCGUGUGAGGGCGGUCGAGAAGCCGGGACGAACGAACGAACGAGCGAGCGCAAUUAGCACAUUCACGACAUCUUCGAUCGAGAUAUAAUAAUAAGAAUUCUUGUAAUAAUAACCGUUUUUCUUUCGAGAUCGCGCGAGAGAUUUGCGUCGACUCUCGGGAUCGUUCGGCCGUAAGCCGGCAGCGUGACUGUCGUUUGAUUGUGCCUGAAUUUGUUGUGAACAUUAUUGUGUGUCGCACGCAUACGACAAAAAGAUUAUCCAACGCUCGGUCCUCCGUAAUCUCCUGUGAUCAUCGUUAUCAUCGUCAUCUCGGAGCUCGCAGAGAUUCUCGAAGAUUCUCCUGCCAUCGCCGAUCAGUCCGUACAGUCAUCGAUAUCAGAUCAAGUUGGCGUCGUAGUUGGCAGAAUUCCGCUGCUGCGCAUCGUAUCUUAUCGCUCGGAGAUGAGGAAGGCGAGUCUGUUAACCGUCGUAACGAUUUUGCUGUGGGCGACGACACACGAUGCCGCGGCUGAACUUUACACCGCCCUGGCGGAUAUGGAGGAGCUGCUCGAAACGGAAGCUGUGUUGAUCGACACGCUGAACGGAUACAUCACGGCGCAGGAGCAACGAUUGGCGACUCUGAGAAGGAACGUGGAGGGCUACGCGAGGGAGCACGAAGAAGCGUCCAGGAACAUCCAGCAGUACCUGUCGAAUCCCAUAAACGCUUAUCUCCUGGUAAAACGGCUGACCACCGAUUGGAAGAAAGUCGAGGAGCUGAUAACCGAGGACGUCGGCAAGUCCUUCGUGGCGAACAUCACGAAUUCCAGGAGCGAUCUUAAAUUCCCGACCGACGAGGACUUGAAUGGCGCCGCAGUCGCUUUGAUGAGGUUGCAGGACACGUACAAGCUCGAAACCGCGCAAGUCGCGAGGGGUGUCCUGAAUGGGGUGCAAUACAGCACCGGGUUGACCGCGAGCGAUUGCUUCGAGCUGGGCCGACAGUCUUAUCACAAUCGCGAUUACUAUCACACGGUACUGUGGAUGCAGGAGGCCAUGGAUCGCCUACAGGAAGAGCAGAACGCUACCACCACUUCCAAGCCCGACAUUCUGGAAUAUCUGGCGUUUUCAACGUAUAUGCAAGGUAACGUCGCUCGCGCUUUGAGCAUGACGAACGAGCUGCUGGAAUUGGUGCCGACACACGAGAGAGCGUUAGGAAACCGCGCGUAUUACCAGAAGGAGAUCCAAAGUAAGGCGAGCCAAUCGAAAAAGAAACGGGGCGAGGAUGGGAAGGACGACACGGCGAUACCCGAACAGAACUUCACUGUCGCCGAGGAAAGGGUUAAAACGUGGGAGGAAAUGACGGAGAGGGAGAGAUACGAGAUGCUUUGUCGUGGCGAAGUGUCUAUUCCGACGGAGGUGGAGAAGAAUCUCAAGUGCCGCUACGUCGACCGUGGAAUUCCCUUUCUGAGGAUCGCGCCGUUCAAAGAGGAGGAAGCGUAUCUGGAUCCGAGGAUAGUUGUGUAUCACAACGUGAUCUACGACGAGGAAAUUGAGACGAUCAAGCGGAUGGCUCAGCCUAGGUUUAAGCGCGCCACGGUGCAGAAUUACAAGACCGGCGCCUUAGAGAUAGCAAAUUACAGAAUCAGCAAAAGCGCAUGGCUCCAGGAACACGAGCAUAAGCACGUAGCGGCGGUGAGCAAACGCGUGGAACACAUGACGAGCAUGUCCGUGGAGACGGCCGAGGAGCUUCAGGUCGUCAACUAUGGCAUCGGCGGCCACUACGAGCCGCAUUUCGAUUUUGCGAGGAAAGAAGAGACGAAUGCGUUCAAGAGUCUCGGGACCGGCAACAGAAUCGCGACAGUGCUGUAUUACAUGAGCGACGUCGAGCAAGGAGGCGGUACCGUAUUCACCGCCAUCAACAUAUCCCUUUGGCCGAAGAAGGGUAGCGCGGCGUUUUGGUACAAUCUGAAGCCUAACGGCGAGGGAGAUUUUAAAACCAGACACGCGGCCUGUCCGGUACUUACAGGAUCGAAGUGGGUGGCGAACAAAUGGCUGCACGAGAGAGGCCAGGAGUUUCAUAGACCUUGUACGUUGGAGAAUCAAGCGACAGACGAAGUGAUCAGGCACUGAAGGGAACUCGCGUUUUCUUCAAAACUGUGACAGAAAAUAAAUAAAAAAAAAAAUGCGAUAAAUAAGAUAAAAGAAGUAACUAAGAGAUACUUCGGAAUUUUUGCUCUGAAUAAAGAGACAUUUUACACUCUCAGAACGGCGACUUCGUAAGAAAGCGCGCGGUACGAAUCGUCAUUUAGGAAGUAAGAACGUUCGGCCCGCGUGCAAAAAGCGACAGUGCAAUUUAGUGUAGGUAGGCAAACUGCGAAAUCCUCUGCUUGCGUUUACGAAAAAAAAAGCCGUCACCGACGCGCACGAUUCGCGUAAUUUAAUAUUCGUACCACAGACUCGUAUGAUGAUCUUUCUUGUUGGUUUACCGUGGAACAUGAUCCCUCGCAUUACGACAGCAAUUAAUGUUUUCUUAAUCUUCGAGGUAUCCCAGCUGCAGGCGAAAACCGGUGAAAAGCGGCAGAGAUUAUCCGAGCGAGAUUAAUUCGCUUUGUUUCCCCCUGCGCUUUUCUCUUUGAAACAGACCCUGUUUCAGUAGAGAUUUCUCGCUGCGCGAAUCGCGGCGAUCGCAAUGUAACAAAGUUAUUCUUUACGGCACGAAUCAGCACGCCUUCUGUUUGUAGUCCGAUCCAGCGUUGCCUGCAGUUCGUCAUCUUGCAGUUUACGUCUACAGCGAAUGUAACGUAGAGUAGAUGUUUAGUACGUGAGCGUCCAAUGAGCGGCGAAUACAAAGAGCGGAAAAAUGAAAGAAUAGACUUCGAAGCUUGAACGAAACAAACGAAAGGGAAGGGA